GCCUCGACCCCAUCUCUCCAGGACAAGGCGGCAGCAACGGAGCCACAGGCCGCACCAGCCCGUCUUUGAUCCCGGGUGUUCGGACUCAGGGCCUCCACCACCCGCUCCUAAACUCCGGCCCUGGGCCGUGGGAACCCAAUUUAGGAACCCAGGAAGAUGCCGGAACCUUCCUCAAACGAGGCCACUCUAGGAAAUUGGGAAUUUCACAUAUCGUUAGCACUCAGUCGACGUUUAUUGGCCUAAGAACGAAAGAACCGGAAGAUGCCCUUAAAAAGCGUGGCGGCACUCUAGCUUCAAUCGGUUGCCUCAACAUAUCAAGAAACCUGGCAUUGUAUAUGGCCCUCAAAAGAUGACGCCACCCGGUCCACCACGGUUCAACGAGGACUAAGACAUCUGCCCUCAACCAUCAUGGCGGCGCCACUCAGUUUGGCUUCCUGCCCCUAGGGAUGAUGGCCGCCAGGUGGCUUCACUUAGUUUCUCACCACCCCGGAAGACGGGGACCGGCGAUUGGGCGGUGUCCAGAGGCUCCGAGAAGAAGGACAUCGGCGGUUGGGCAGCGUUGGGUAAGCUUGGUUUUAAAGGAGCCGGAGGUGAGAGCUGCGGAAGACCCGGGAUCCACGGGAGGCGGCGGCCGCAGCCUGGGAUUCCCCAGGGACCCCCCGGAGCCGCCGCGUCUCCCAUGGACUUGCCCGGGGACUCCAGCCCGCCUGGCCAGCCGCGUCUGUGCCGCCAGCCUCUGACUCGAGCAUUAUGGGGAGCCAGGAGCCCGAAACGGCCGAGGCUGCAGCUCCCGGGGGCCCCUUCUCCCCUGGAAAAGGCCUCUCGGCGGGUCCUGGCCGUGGUGCUAGAAGAUGUCAUGGCUGUUCACAUGGUCCCCGUGGUGCCCUCAAAGGAGACCUCCAUCCCACAGCACCACAGCUACCAUCAGGAUCCUGUCCACAGGCAGCCGCCUGCCUCGCCACCCCGGCAGGCCGGGUGGUCCUCGAAGGCCAGGCCUCCCGACCCUCUGUGUUUGUGUCGCGAGCCCUUGAGCCGCAUCCACCGGACCUCUUCCACCCUGAGGCGGCGAUCAAGGACAACCCCUGGCCCAGAGGAGGGCCCUUCACAAAAGGUGGACCGGGCCCCCCAGCCCACCCUGGUGGUGAUGCUGGAAGACAUCGCCAGUCCUAGACCCCCCGCUGAGGGCUUCAUUGAUGAGACCCCCAACUUCAUCAUCCCAGCACAAAGAACUGAGCCCAUGAGGAUAGUUCGCCAGCCAACGCCUCCACCUGGGGACCUAGAACCCCCAUUCCAGCCAUCUGCUCUGCCUGCAGACCCUCUGGAGAGCCCACCAACAGCCCCAGAUCCUGCUCUGGAGCUCCCAUCCACCCCACCACCGUCCAGCCUUUUACGCCCCCGCCUCAGUCCCUGGGGCUUGGCCCCGCUCUUCCGUUCCGUCCGCUCCAAGCUGGAGAGCUUUGCUGACAUCUUCCUCACGCCCAACAAAACCCCACAGCCCCCACCCCCGUCCCCCCCAAUGAAGCUGGAGUUGAAGAUCGCCAUCUCAGAGGCCGAGCAGUCUGGGGCUGCUGAGGGAACUGCGUCUGUCAGCCCCCGGCCCCCAAUCCGCCAGUGGCGAACUCAGGACCACAAUACCCCAGCACCUCUCCCUAAGCCCUCUCUGGGCCGAAGCUACUCCUGCCCUGAUCUGGGGCCCCCUGGCCCAGGUACCUGCACCUGGCCACCUGCUCCACCCCAACCAAGCCGACCACGGCCGCGGCGGCACACUGUGGGUGGUGGGGAAAUGGCCCAAGCCCCGCCACCCCCUCGGCCCUGUCUCCGGAAAGAGGUCUUCCCUCUCGGAGGAGUGGGAGCCUCCCCUUCUCUCGCCACAUCUUGCUCGUCCACGGCAUCCACUUCCUCCUUCUCCGAACCAGCAGAACCCAGGUUGGGUUCAACCAAAGGGAAGGAGCCAAGAGCCUCAAAGGACCAGGUGCUUUCAGACCCUGAGACCAAGACCAUGGGAAAGGUUUCUCGAUUCAGAAUACGCAGAACACCAGCCCGUCCUCAGCUAAACCUUACACCAAUGGGACUGCCUCGACCAAUCAGGUUGAACAAGAAGGAGUUCAGCUUGGAAGAAAUUUACACCAACAAGAAUUACCAAUCACCCACAACCAGGAGGACCUUUGAGACCAUCUUUGAGGAACCCCGGGAGCGCAAUGGGACUCUGAUUUUCACCAGCUCAAGGAAGCUCCGGCGGGCUGUGGAAUUUCGGGACAGCAGCCUUCCUCGAUCACGAAGGCCGUCCCGUGGGGUCCGGGCUGCAGGGGGCAGGACUGUUCCUCCCAAUGUGGCCCCCAGCCCUGAUGUGGGCCCCCUGCUCCAGCAGCGGCUGGAGGAGCUAGAUGCCUUGCUCCUGGAGGAAGAAACAGUAGAUCGGGAGCAGCCCCACUGGACCUAGGUGCCCCAUCUGUUGGUCAUCCAUCCUGAAGGGACAGGAAACCUCCCAGGCAGUUAUUUUUUUUUUCUCUAUAUUUCUAGUAAAGUUUUCCAUAUGUUUCUGA